UUGAAGCUGUUUAAUCAUGAUUUAAGGACUGAUGUCCUAUGAUCUUAUGCUGCUUGAAUUCGAUUCAACGAUAUGGAUGAACGUGAUCCGAUAGAUGUGCAAAGAAACUCAGGGAGACAAUCAUCACGUCGAGUGUUAAUAUCGAUAUUAUCAGGUCAACCGACACCUAGAGGCUCUCCUAGAAGAUUAAAUUCUAGGAUAGUACUUUGGUUGCUAUUGAUCACUCUUUGGGCCUAUGCUGGAUUUUGUAUCCAGUCAAUGUGGGCCCAUGGUGAAAUUGAAAAUAGUUUUGAGUUGAGUGUGAGUGAGAUCAAUAUCAGUAAUGUGUUGACAGAUGAUGAUGUUAAGAAGAUGGAUAUUAACAUGGAAACGAAUGGUGGUCGUGGUGUGUCGAAUAGCGUUGUAUCUAUAAAGAAAAGGAGCAAAAGAUCUAGACGCGGUUCUGGUUCUAGUUCUAGUUCUCGUUCCAAGCGUGGUAGUAAGAAAAAGAUUUUGGAAACUGAAAACAGUACCGGAGUUGAAGUUCAAGAACAAGUUCCACAAACAAAUGCUACUUAUGGGAUGCUAGUUGGCCCGUUUGGUUCGAUCGAAGACCGAGUAGUGGGAUUGAGUCCUGCGAAGCGAUCAGGAACGUGCGAUAGAAAAAGUCAGUUUGCUCGGCUUGUUUGGUCAAAAACAUUUGUCUUGGUAUUCCAUGAGCUUUCGAUGACUGGAGCGCCACUUUCGAUGAUGGAGCUGGCGUCGGAGAUUUUGAGUUGUGGAGGCGCGGUUUCUGUAGUUGCGCUUAGCCGAAAGGGUGGAUUGCUUCCGGAACUUUAUAGAAAGAAGAUCAAAGUUGUUGAGGAUAAAUAUAAGCUUAGUUUUAAGGCUGCAAUGAAGGCAGAUCUUGUUAUAGCAGGAUCAGCUGUCUGUGCAUCAUGGAUUGAACAGUAUCUUGAUCAUUCAGCGUCAGGAUCACGUCGACUUGUAUGGUGGAUAAUGGAAAACCGGCGAGAGUAUUUUGAUCGAUCUAAGCGUGUGCUUAACCGUGUAAAAACAUUGGUAUUUCUGUCCAAAUCACAAUCUAAACAAUGGAUGACUUGGUGUGAAGAAGAAAAUAUUAAACUCAAAUCUGCACCCUCUCUAGUUCCACUCGCGGUCAAUGACGAACUCGCUUUCGUAGCUGGCAUUUCGUGUUCGCUAAACACCCCUGCGUUCACCGUCGAAAAAAUGCUGGAAAAAAGACUUUUGUUAAGAAAAUUAGUGAGAGAAGAAAUGGGAGUAAAAGAUAGUGAUAUGCUUGUUAUGGCAUUAAGCAGUAUAAAUCCCGGAAAGGGUCAUUUAUCGUUGGUCGAAUCGGUACACCUGGCGACGACUAAUAAAAAACCUGGUGGAAUGAUUGAUGAUGAACAAGUUUUCGAAAAAAUGUUGAAUGUGAGUGAAGAAAAGACGAGGAAUGAUAUUAAGCUUCUGAUCGGUUCGGUUGGAUCCAAGAGUAAUAAGGUUGUUUAUGUCAGAUCACUUCUCGGUUUCUUAUCGAAUCAUUCGGGUUUACAAAAUUCAGUUAUGUGGACUCCUGCAACGACACGGGUCACCUCGCUUUAUGCUGCAGCAGAUGUUUAUGUUAUAAAUUCCCAGGGGAUUGGAGAAACGUUCGGAAGAGUGACAACCGAAGCGAUGGCAAAUGGUAUUCCGGUGCUAGGAACAGAUGCAGGAGGUACAAAAGAGAUUGUUGAACACAAUGUGAGUGGUCUUCUACAUCCAACUGGGCAUUCAGGAACCACUGUUCUAUCCAAACACCUUCAAUAUUUGCUUAAAAACCCAUCAGAACGACGACGUUUGGGACUUAAAGGAAGAGAAAAAGUGAAGAAAAUGUACUUGAAAAAGCACAUGUAUAAGAUGUUUUGGCAGGUUCUUUAUGACACCAUGAAAUUAAAGUAAACUAAAUUUGUUUA